CGAGGAGCAGGUUACUGCCUCACUCCAUCACAGCCACUUCCUCUUGAACCAAGGGAGGCAAGGCUUGUCUUCUCUCCUCAGAGGCGAGUCUGCGAUCUUCCCAGUACAGAAGUUUGGACAGAGCAGACUCCUAAGUUCUCCAGAAUGCCCAUCCCAGCCUCCUGGUCCCACCUUCCUGGUCCUUUCCUGCUGAUGAAUCUACUGUUGGGGGGACUACCAGGAGUGUUGGGUGAGGAGGAGCUGCAGGUGAUUCAGCCUGAGAAGUCCGUGUCAGUCACAGCUGGAGAGUCGGCCACUCUGAACUGCACUGUGACCUCCCUGAUCCCUGUGGGUCCCAUCCAGUGGUUCAGAGGAGUUGGACCAGGCCGGGAAUUAAUCUACAGUCAGAAGGAAGGCCACUUUCCCCGGGUAACAAUUGUUUCAGACCCCACAAAGAGAAACAACAUGGACUUUUCCAUCCACAUCAGUAACAUCACCCCAGCAGAUGCCGGCACCUACUACUGUGUGAAGUUCCGGAAAGGGAGCCCCGAUGUGGAGUUGAAGUCUGGAGCAGGCACUGAGCUGUCUGUGCGUGCCAAACCCUCUGCCCCUGUGGUAUCGGGCCCCACAGCGAGGGCCACACCUGAGCACACAGUGAGCUUCACCUGCGAGUCCCACGGCUUCUCUCCCAGAGACAUCACCCUGAAAUGGUUCAAAAAUGGGAAUGAGCUCUCAGACUUCCAGACCAACGUGGACCCUGCAGGAAAGAGCGUGUCCUACAGCAUCCGCAGCACAGCCAGGGUGGUGCUGACCCGCAGAGACGUUCACUCUCAAGUCAUCUGCGAGGUGGCCCAUGUCACCUUGCAGGGGGACCCUCUUCGAGGGACUGCCAACUUGUCUGAGGCCAUCCGAGUUCCACCCACCUUGGAGGUUUUCCAACGGCCCAUGAGGGCAGAGAACCAGGUGAACGUCACCUGCCAAGUGAGGAAGUUCUACCCCCAGAGACUCCUGCUGACCUGGUUGGAGAAUGGAAAUGUGUCUCAGACAGAAACAGCUUCGACCCUCACAGAGAACAAGGAUGGUACCUACAACUGGACGAGCUGGCUCCUGGUGAACACCUGUGCCCACAGGGAUGGUGUGGUGCUCACCUGCCAGGUGGAACAUGAUGGGCAGCCAGUGGUCAGCAAAAGCCAUACCCUGGAGAUCUCAGCCCACCAGAAAGAACAGUGCUCAGAUACCACUUCUGGCCCAGUACUGGCUCCCACUGCUCCACUUCUCAUAGCUCUCCUCCUGGGCCCCAAGGUGCUGCUGGUGGUUGGUGUCUCUGUCAUCUAUGUCUACUGGAAGCAGAAGGCCUGACUAGUCCUUGAUUCUCCAGAGCAGUCUUCAUUCAUGGUCCUGAGCAGAAGCCAUGGCAUGGGGCUCUGGGGAGUGACUCAUGACACCUCCCUAGGAUGUGGGAAACACGCCAAAUCUAAACCCAUCAGGACACCUCUCCUCUAUCGUCUUGGACUGUCCAUAAGCCACAAACUGCAGUUCAGAUUCUCAAGAGUUAUUCUGCCUUCUGGAUUCCUGCCUACCCAAUUACCCAGCCUUGUUGAGAUUCUCUAUUGCCUCCUGAAUACAAAUUAACACUCAUCCUGGUUUUAAGGAGAAAAAAUGAUUCUCCUUCCUCUUUGUUUAAACAUAUGAUACAGUUUGGAUAUUUUUCUCCUACAAAUCUCGAUGUGAAAUUUCAUCCCCUAUGUGGGAGGUGGGGUCAGGUGGGAGGUGUUUGGGUCAUGGGGAUGGAUUCAUCAUGAAUGACUUGGUGCUAUCUUGGUCUAUUAGUACCCACAAGAUCUGACUGUUUAAAAGUGCCUAGCAGCUCCCUCUUCUCUCUUUCUCUUCCUCUCUCCCCAUGUUAUGCCAACUUCACUUCACUGUCCACUGUGAGUAGAAGUACUCUGAGGCCCUCCUCAGCAGCAGAUGCAAGUACCAUGCUUCUUGUACAGUCUGCAGAACCAAAAGCCAAAUAAACCUCUUCUUUAUAAGUUA